AUGCCUCAGUCUCUGUUUUUCCAGUGUGGAUCAGUGGCAGCAGGUUCCUACAGGUCCAGGAUCUGGGCCAACAGGGGGAAGGUUCCUACAAGUCCAGAAUCUGGGCCAACAGGGGGCAGGUUCCUACAGGUCCAGGAUCAGGUUUUAGUGUUUGAGAUUGUGAUCAUUAAACUUCAGGAAGUGGCGUUUCCUCGUAAAGACGAGCUGAAGAAACGUCUUCAGGAGAAAUACAGCAGGGAACACAGCGAGUACCUCAGAGCUCAGAGUCAGGCGGUGGUUGCGGAUGGGUGUGGCCAGCAGCUGCAGCGGCUCUCCCUAUUGGACGAGGACAGGAGGCGCUUCCUGCUGCUGGAGGAGGAGCGGCAGCGAGUUGCCGCCCUGCGACGGAUGCAGAUCGAAUCUGAACAGUUCCGCUACUUCGAGGACCAGCUGAGGCGCCAGGAACUGGCCAAUAGGAGAGUAGAGGAGGCGGAGCCAAAGGGGACCAAAGUGCCUGAGGUGACGGACGGCUCCUGUCUGUCUCAGCAGCCAAUCAGAGACAGCCUACGCUCCCAGGGGGCGGAUCCUAACAGGAACAGACCACCAGCUCCCGUCAGCCAACCAGCUGCCACGCUGGCAGGAGUACACACUCAGAGGGUGGAGGGUCUGAGGCGGGUGGUGAUUCCCAGAGAUCUGACAUAUCGGUUCCUCCUGCUGGCCGACUCCAACACGGCGAGAGGGAUCGAGACCUGCGGAGUCCUCUGUGGACGCCUGACGCACAACGAGUUCGUGCUGACUCACGUCGUGAUCCCCAAACAGUCGGCCGGUCCAGAUUUCUGCGACAUGGAGAACGUGGAGGAACUGUUCAGUUUCCAGGACCAACAGAACCUGCUGACGUUGGGCUGGAUCCAUACUCACCCCACUCAGACGGCCUUCCUCUCCAGUGUCGACCUCCACACUCACUGCUCCUAUCAGCUGAUGCUGCCGGAGGCCAUCGCCAUCGUCUGCGCUCCCAAACACAACGACACUGGUGUGUUCAGGUUGACCGGUCCGGGGAUGUCGGAGGUUUCUGGCUGCAGACUGAAAGGUUUCCAUCCUCACUCCAAAGAGCCUCCUCUCUUCAGCGUGAGAAACUCUCUGUUAACCUCUCUGACAUCACAAACUACCCUGACCAAUCAGAGCUUUCCGUCCAUCACAUACACAUAA